AUGGUUUAUCAUGUUUCAUAUAACUGGGAUGAAAUGGUUUAUCCUAUUUCAUAUAACUGGGAUGAAAUGGUUUAUCCUGUUUCAUAUAACUGGGAUGAAAUGGUUUAUCCUAUUUCAUAUAACUGGGAUGAAAUGGUUUAUCCUAUUUCAUAUAACUUGGAUGAAAUGGUUUAUCCUAUUUCAUAUAACUUGGACAGGGCCGGCCCAAUACCGAUGAUGGAUAAAAAUAAAAAGAAUACUCGCUUAGACGGUAGGACAGUGACAGUUUCUGCCAGGGCUACUCGUGCGGCUAGGAGAUCAUCCCAGGAUCCUAAUUCGGGUGUUGGCGGUUUGAAUGAGGAGCAUGUUGUCGAGCCAGAGCAAUCUCAAGAAGACAACGGCAAACGUAAAUGGUUAAAACGUCCUCGCACUUUUGAUUGGAAGUUGACUGCACCAGCACCAGGAUGGCCACUUUCUACAGAUUUGCUACGAGGUUAUCGAGGCCAUGUAGCGUGUUACAUUUGGGAGAAAAAUAUUGAACGUGGUUGUUUGGUUAUUCAGUCACGAACACAUGCGAUUGAUCUCUUUCGAUUUGAGCCUCGUGAUGCAUGGUAUCUAUUAGUGAAAAGUACUGGGUUGGGUCAUUUGAGGGAAUGCAUGUUUCCUCAUCAUAAUGCACCAUUAAUAUCAGCUUUUGUUGAGAGAUGGCACCCUGAAACUAAUAGUUUUCAUUUACCCUUUGGAGAGAUGACAAUUACAUUGCAUGAUGUAUCUUUGAUUUUGGGUCUUCCUAUUAACGGCCUUGCUAUUAACCACCCAAUGCAACAAAAGGAAUCACGGAAUUCACUAUUUUCUUUUAUUGGUAAAUUGCUUAAUAUAGAUACAAAAGAAAUAGAGUUUGAACAUGCACAUGGUGGAAUUAAGUUGUCAAAAAUUAGAGAGACUUUGAUGGAUCCAAAAAAUGAGUAUGGUGCGGAUGAUCUAGCUAGAGGCUUUUUAGUUACAUUACUAGGGUCCACUUUAUUUAUUGACAAAAUUGUAGAUCGAGCAUCCACACUAUUAUUUCCUCUAGUACGCGACCUUGUUAGUGUUAAGUCGUACUCGUGGGCUUCGGCAGCUCUUGCUUAUCUUUAUCGGGAACUUGGCAAAGCUACAAGAGCAGAGACUAAGCAACUAGCAGGAUCAUCUACUCUUCUUGAGAUAAUUUAUUUCUUACAUUUAAAUAUUGUUUGA